CCAUCAGCGUUUAAAAUUAUCCAGCAGAGAGGUGCGGAGUACCCGCACAAGCACACAUUUCUCAUCGGCAGUAAGUCCAGGUCAGAGAGAGCGUCCGGAGCGUUUUGGGUGAAGUUACGCGCGCUCCGCAGCGAUGGAGAUGAUUAAACUUGUCUUAAUAUUUCUGCUGCUUUUGACAAACAUCUUCUGUCGAGAGAUGGACGCUGACAACUGGAAUGAAAAGACUGAAGAGAUGAAAUGGCCAGACGUGGGUUUCAUUGAAGACGUAUUAGUGAGACUGACCAGAAAACCUGGACCUCGACAGUACUUCGGACUUAUGGGCAAAAAAGACACUGGGAAAGCACAGAGAGCGCGUAAAAGACACAAAUUUCAAACAUUUGUUGGUCUGAUGGGCAAAAGGAGCUUUGAGGAUCAAGGAACAACGUUCACCACAGAGGACUGA